UCGGUAGCCAAUGGUCGACCGCUCUUCCUCCUUCCUGGGUCCUGCGGAGAGGCAAGAUGGCUGCCUCCAGACCAAGCCGGUGUCUUUUUCUUGCAGCAGCAGCGCUGCUUAUUUUCUUCAGCCGCUGCAGUUUGGCGAUGGGUCGCGGAGUGCAGGAUCAAGCAGAACAGUUUUUUAGAAGUGGACAUACAAACAACUGGGCAGUUCUGGUGUGCACAUCUCGGUUCUGGUUUAACUAUCGGCAUGUGGCCAAUACUCUCUCAGUUUACAGAAGUGUCAAGAGACUUGGAAUUCCUGAUAGUCAUAUAGUCUUAAUGCUAGCAGAUGAUAUGGCCUGCAAUCCAAGAAAUCCGGCUCCAGCUACUGUGUUUAGUCACAAAAACAUGGAACUGAAUGUCUACGGAGAUGAUGUGGAAGUGGAUUACAGAAAUUAUGAGGUUACCGUGGAAAAUUUUUUGAGAGUGUUAACAGGCCGAAUCCCAGCAAGUGCGCCUCGUUCCAAACGUUUGCUUUCUGAUGACAGAAGCAAUAUUCUCAUAUAUAUGACAGGUCAUGGUGGGAAUGGUUUCUUGAAAUUUCAAGAUUCUGAAGAAAUUACAAAUGUGGAACUCGCUGAUGCCUUUGAACAAAUGUGGCAGAAAAGGAGGUAUAAUGAAUUGCUGUUUAUUAUUGAUACAUGCCAAGGGGCAUCCAUGUACGAACGGUUUUAUUCUCCCAAUAUAAUGGCUUUGGCUAGCAGCCAAGUUGGAGAAGAUUCACUUUCUCAUCAACCAGAUCUUGGCAUCGGUGUCCAUUUGAUGGAUAGAUACACAUUUUACGUCUUGGAAUUUUUAGAAGAAAUUAAUCCAGCUAGCCAGACCAAUAUGAAUGACUUGUUUCAGGUAUGCCCUAAAAGUUUAUGUGUGUCAACACCUGGACACCGGACAGAUCUGUUUCAGAGAAAUCCUGACAAUGUCUUGAUAACUGAUUUUUUUGGGAGUGUACGAAAAGUGGAAAUUACAACUGAGACAGUUUCUCUGGAUCCUAAUUUGGCACCUGCAGAGACAAGGACUGUUAUGGACAAAAUAGCAACGGAACCUUUAAAAUAUGCAGAACAGCUUCCAGUAGCACAAAUAAUACACCAGAAACCAAAACAAAAGGACUGGCAUCCUCCUGGAGGCUUUAUUUUGGGACUUUGGGCUCUGAUUAUCAUGGUCUUCUUUAAAACCUAUGGAAUCAAGCACAUGAAGCACAUCUUUUAGAACUUCAAAGCAACCAAGUUUGAGCUGUGAAUGUUUGCAUACCAGAAAAUAUUUGAAUGGAUAAUAUCGUGAACUUGUCUGCUUGAAAUAUUUUGUUAUGUUUUGCUCCAUCUUUUAAAAUGAACUUUAAUUGAAAAAAAACCUUAUUUUUUUUCAUCUUUAAAACACAACAUAAUUUCAUAAAAGGUCUGAAGUUAUUCUACUUGGAAUUUUCCACCUGCAAGGAUCCACUAGUGGAAAAACAGAUCUCUACUGUGUACCAACAAGGCUACUCUGAAAGAAUACAAGCAUGGUUUCACUUAAGAAGCAUCUUUCCUUCAAGAUCACUGCAACUCUAUAAUACAAGGAAGCAUCAUGAAUGCUACCAUGAAGACAGGUUCUACGUGAAAGCAGACUCUAAGUGCUAAUAUCUUAGAAAACUUGUUUCUUGUCCUUCUUUCUGUCAUAUCUGAAAUGUCAGUUUAUCAUUUUCAUUAUGUAGAGCAGCUGAUGAGUAGCCUUUAUUUCCAUAAUGGCCAGACAAGAAUAUAGUUACAGAAAAGAAUGGUUAGAUCAAACAGUGGGAGGGAUUAGAUGAAUGCAGAGGAAACUUUAUUUUAAAAUCAAUGAACAUCUUCUGAGCUGUACUGAAAAAUAGUUGUGUCUAUUAUUAUUUAUAAAAAAUAGUUCCCCUGUCAUUGAAACAAAGGUUUAGACACUGCUGAAUCUUAUUUAAGAUGUCUUCUUAUUGAUAUAUACUUACAUCCCUUUGCAGAUUUUUGCUGUAUGUAUUGAAUAUCUGCUCAACAGAAACAAAAAUACUCUUAGGGAAAUAUUGAUUAGCACUGUUUAAAUUCAGCCUCUUAGAUAAAACCUUUGCCUACAACCAUUAUAUUUCUUGGAUUGUGUGACUCUUUCAAAUUUACAACCAAUAGCAAAUUCAUCAGUUCUUCAGCAAAUGUGCACUUAGAUUUUCCACAUGCACAGUCCACCAGCCUGGCGGAUCCAGAUUACAUUCAGAAGCCAUGAGCAUAAAACAUGUUUAAUAUAGCUUUAGACAGAGCUAUAUAUUUGUAAUACAUACAAUUCUUGAGGUAAUAUGUUCAUGGAAAGGUAUAGGUAAAUAUUUUUGAGUGAAUUAUAUUAAAUUGAUUAAAUCAAACCUGCACAUAUAUCUGUAUUUUUUCACUUAGGAUACAAAAGCUGGGUAAGACAUACCAGAAACAUUGUUUCUCAACCUUGGCAGCUUUAAGAUAUGUGGACUUCUGGAAUUCCUCCGUCAUCAAGGGGAAUUCUGGGAGUUGAAGUCCACACGUCUUCAAACAGUCAAGGUUGAAGAAACAUUGCCAUAGAACUAAGAUGCAUUGCUACAAGUUCUGCAUUAUGACGAGUUUAAUUCUCCGUUGAGGGUAUUCUGUUUCAUAAACAUAAAACAUUGACCAGUAUGAGGAAUGAAAUCUUUUUGUGCAUUUCAGAUUUCACUUCAUACAUAAUUAGUUGGGUUUAUAUAAUAUUAUUGAAUGAAUUAGAGGCAAAGAGAAGCUGUGGAUUAUUUAUAUAGAUAAAGUAAGACCAAUAUUACUAUAUUUGAAUUUGAUUGAAAGAUAUUAUUCUUGUCACAAAAGACCACUUUUUAUAAGAAUACUUAUCUAGCAAAACAGCAAAGAUUAAUCUGUUGAAAUUUUGUUUAUUGAUUGUUGAGUUUCAGUACUUCAGAACAAUACAACCUUAAAGUUUAUAUUUUAUAUGAUAAUCCCAUUUUUGCCUCCAGGAAGAUCAUUAAGAAUAAUCUGUUUCCAAAAAUGUGUAUGUGAAUGUAAAUAUUAAAAAACCCUAUUUGUAUCUGUAUAUGGAAUUUGUAAAAUCUUGAAUAUAACAUUCUUCAGCCAGAUGCAUGACAGAUGCCUACUUUAUUUUCUAAAUUUUAUUUUCCAAAUUUUGGUAUUUAAAAAUCUAAUAAUAGCUUUAUGGAUGGACAUUGUGAAAAUGGUAAAAUCAAUAGAAUCCUGCUGGAAUUAAGCAGUGGUAUCCCUACUUUGUAGGCUUCUUGUUCAACCUAAAAUCUGUCCUGCUCAGUAAAGCCAGUAGUUUUUUGGGAGAGGGAAGCAAGUCUGUGGGAACACAGGAGCAUGAGUUACAGGUCAAGAUAAUUUGCUUAGAGAAAGAAGACUGUUAAGUAAAGACAAUUUAUGAAACGGGGAAAGCAGCAAAGCUGAUUAACAGGGGUGAGGAAAACAAUUAGACUGAAAUGCAGCAGUUCACAUUCUGUAACUUUGAAAGUAAAAUUCUUUCUGCACAGUCAAUUGGACUGUAACUCCCUAUAUUUGCUGAUGCUUCCAGGAGAAAUCUUUGAAACACUUUAGAGACACAAUGCAAUACCGUUACAAGCCAAAAUAUCAUGGACUAUGUUAACAGAAUCCUGUUGUUUGUUCUUAGGAAAUUUAUAUUGACUGUAUUAAUCAUGCUAUGUUGAACAAAACUAAAAAGCAAGCAUAUUCUAGAAACUCCUUUUUUCCUCUCAACUCAUUCAUGAGAAAGUUAGUUCUUUGUAACUAAUUUCAUAUAGUCUUAGUUGGGUUUCUAGAAAGGAUAUCAUUUCCUAUCUGAUCGUUAACUGGGUUCAAAUAAAAACAUAUGACAAAGGUAA